ACACAGCUCGAGGAAGGGGGGGAGCUUGAGCAUGCGCAGACGCUUCGUUCCAACGGAAGUGAGUAGUCCAUGGCGUCCCUGCAAGCAUGCAUCGCUGUGGCACGCGCGCCGCCCCUCUCGCACUCUCCUUGUCUCGCUCUCCUGGCUCGCGCGCUUCGGCCAAUUCGCUGCACCCUGCGUCCUCAGGUGAGAUUCUUGUCUGGAGACAUGGCCAUGGACUGGAGCUUCAAUUGGACAGCGCAAGGGGUUUCGUUCCGCCGGGGGGAAAUGCGUUUCCGAGUUUCAUUGAAGGAAGAAGCGUCAGUGGACGCGAAGGACCAGAGAGUUGGAGCCAAGGCUAUCCCCAAGCUUAUGCUCGUGUCGGAUUUGGACAACACCAUGGUGGAUCAUUUGGACAAAUCUCACACAGGUCUUCUCCGAUUCAAUAACUUGUGGGCAGCUGAGUACGCUCACAACUCUCUCUUGGUGUUCUCAACUGGUCGGUCGUUGGAGAAAUACACUCAGCUGCGUACCCAGUUUCCACUUCUCACCCCUGCUCUGUGCAUUUUCUCUGUCGGCACUGAGAUCUGCUAUGGCGCAAACAUGGAGCCGGAUCAGGAUUGGGUGAAUUAUCUGAACGAGGGUUGGAACCAGGCUGUGGUUCUGGAGGAGGUCAAGCGUCUCAACCUGCGCUUGCAGGACGAUUCUGAAAUUCGGCCACAUAAAGUGAGCUGCCAAAUUGACAAGAAAGAUGCAACUGAAAUUAUUGAUACUCUGUCAAAGCGACUGAAAGAUCGCGGAUUGAAUGUGAAGCUCAUUUUCAGUCACGGUAUCGACCUUGACGUGCUGCCGAAAGGUGCUGGCAAAGGGGAGGCUCUAGCCUUCCUUUUGCAGAAGAUGAGAAGGGAAGGUUCGGCGCCACAAGAGACCUUGGUUUGUGGAGACUCUGGAAAUGACAUCGAACUUUUUGAAGUGGAAGGCGUGAAUGGAGUCAUCGUUGGAGGGGCUAUGGAGGAGCUAAGGCAAUGGUAUGAUAUCAAUGGAAAACAUAGCAGCAGAUUACAUCUCGCGAAGGAGCGGUGUGCUAGUGGGAUAGUGGAAGCUAUAGGAGAACUCUCAUUAGGUCCACAUUUGUCACCUUUUGACAGAAUGAACUCAAAUGGGAUACAACCUGCUGUUAAAGCAUCUGAGAAAGGGCAGCUAACGCCCUCCGGUGUUGCUCAAAGGGAGGUUGUUGAAUUUAAUACAUUUUUCACGAAAUGGAUGAACGGUGAAGUGCCUAACAAUCCAGAAUCAUUUCAGCGGCUGACGAGUGUGAUAGCUUCGGGUUCUACAAUGGUGUAUCCUUGGGGGGUGGAGCAAAGCCUCCUACAAUCUGUUACAUCUGCUCAGUCUAAGCAUGGCCUCACAAAAGACAAAAAGAUUCGUGUAUGGAUAGACUGCAUUCAGGAGCAAGAGCUUGCGAAUGGAGUGUUAAUGGUUACUUGGCACUCGUGGCAGAUGUCAGAAGGAUGGUGUUUGGCAGGCACUGAGCGAAAGGGCUAUUUCGCAACGGCUAUACUCAGGGAGAAGGAAGGGACGCCUAAUGGAGUCGAAUGGCUGCGAGUUCACGAAACUCCGAGGAAAUCUUAAAUGACAUCAAUUUUCCCUCCAUCACCCAUUAUUUCAGUAUUCUACGCAGUUCAGAGCUCCAUCUUUCAAUAAUACCAUGCUAAUUGUUGAACUAGUUUUGACUGACGUUUUGGCAAUUUAGAUUAGGUUCUGUGGCACUCGAGGAACCACAAGGCACUCCAGAAAGAGCAAGUCCGAGAGAUCAUUUGCUGUCGAGCUACGAUAAUUCAUGAAAAGAAGUGGGUCCUCAAAUAAAGCACGUAAUUGUUUUGGGUGUACUAGGAAUUUGAAGGAAAGAAAAAAAAGUUAAGGUUAGAAUGAUGGAGAUUUAGUAAAAUCUUUGGUUGAAACCUUGUUAUUUUCCCCUUAACUCAACAGUCAAAUUCAUUACAUAGUGUUCAUUUGUAUUUAGAAAGUAGAUUUAUAUGUGAUUUAAAAUAUUGGGCAUUAUAUUCUGUUUAAAAUAUAUAGUUCAAUCUUUUUGAA